GGCGGCUCCGGGCGCGGCCGCCGCAGCGGCGAGUGCGGGAGCGGGGCGGAGAGGCGGCGGCGGCGGCAGCGGGGCAGCGGGGCAGCGGCGGAGAUCGGCACCAUGCGUGAGAUCGUGCACAUCCAGGCCGGGCAGUGCGGCAACCAGAUCGGCGCCAAGUUCUGGGAGGUCAUCAGUGAUGAGCACGGCAUCGAUCCCACUGGCAGCUACCACGGAGACAGCGACCUGCAGCUGGAGAGGAUCAACGUCUACUACAAUGAAGCCACCGGUAACAAGUAUGUCCCCCGCGCCAUCCUGGUGGACCUGGAGCCCGGCACGAUGGACUCUGUGCGCUCUGGCCCCUUUGGCCAGAUCUUCCGGCCUGACAACUUUGUCUUUGGUCAGAGCGGGGCUGGCAACAACUGGGCCAAGGGGCACUACACGGAAGGUGCGGAGCUGGUGGACUCGGUCCUGGAUGUGGUGAGGAAGGAGUCGGAGAGCUGUGACUGCCUCCAGGGCUUCCAGUUGACCCAUUCGUUGGGCGGCGGCACGGGCUCUGGGAUGGGCACCCUGCUCAUCAGCAAGAUCCGGGAGGAGUACCCCGACCGCAUCAUGAACACCUUCAGCGUCAUGCCCUCCCCCAAGGUGUCGGACACGGUGGUGGAGCCCUACAACGCCACCCUCUCUGUGCACCAGCUGGUGGAGAACACGGACGAGACCUACUGCAUUGACAACGAGGCCCUGUAUGACAUUUGCUUCCGCACCCUGAAGCUGACCACUCCCACGUACGGAGACCUCAACCACCUGGUGUCGGCCACCAUGAGCGGCGUGACCACCUGCCUUCGCUUCCCCGGCCAGCUGAACGCCGACCUGCGCAAGCUGGCGGUCAACAUGGUGCCUUUCCCCCGGCUGCACUUCUUCAUGCCGGGCUUCGCCCCUCUCACCAGCCGCGGCAGCCAGCAGUACCGAGCCCUGACGGUGCCCGAGCUGACGCAGCAGAUGUUUGACUCCAAGAACAUGAUGGCCGCCUGCGACCCCCGCCACGGUCGCUACCUGACGGUGGCCGCCAUCUUCCGGGGCCGCAUGUCCAUGAAGGAGGUGGACGAGCAGAUGCUCAACGUGCAGAACAAGAACAGCAGCUACUUUGUGGAGUGGAUCCCCAACAACGUGAAGACGGCCGUCUGCGACAUCCCCCCGCGCGGCCUCAAGAUGUCCGCCACCUUCAUUGGCAACAGCACGGCUAUUCAGGAGCUCUUCAAGAGGAUCUCGGAGCAGUUCACGGCCAUGUUCCGGCGCAAGGCGUUCUUGCACUGGUACACCGGCGAGGGCAUGGAUGAAAUGGAGUUCACGGAGGCUGAGAGCAACAUGAACGACCUGGUCUCUGAAUACCAGCAAUACCAGGAUGCCACUGCUGAUGAGCAGGGGGAAUUUGAAGAGGAAGGAGAGGAGGAUGAGGCAUAAAGUCGAAAUGGGUAGGAGUUAAGUAUAGUCUGAGCAGGCAAGUGUUCAUUGAGCGGAGGAAUCUGUGCAGUUGUGCUGAAGCAUGCAUUUUUUUAAUUUGGUGCUCUCCACUGUUGCUUCUGUCAGCAGUUUUGUAUCCUUGACUGUCCAAUGUAACAGUAGUUGCAAAAAUACUUCAAAGUCUUCUGUUGAAAUGGUUAACUUCUCAAACAUAAAGGCUUUUUGUGUCCUAAA